AUGUCCCGUGAUUCAUCUGCCACUCGUCAUCCCAAGCUGCUGAAGGAGCUGGAGCUGGAGCUGGAGCUGGAACUAGCUUCAAGAAUGGCACCUAACAGAGACAUGGAUAUGCCGCUGCGUCUGCGAGCCCGAAUUCUUUGCCGGCCGGGCGCAAGUCCUAUUUCAGCUAGCUCAUCAGCUAACGUCGAACUAGGCCUUCCGGUCGCCUCUUUUGAGUGGCUGGGUUCCAUCACGACUAAGUUGGCAUAUGCCAUAGCGUUACAAGAUAACUGCGGGCUUGUAACACUUAUUGGCUGCGCCCUUGGUCUG